AUGAGAGCUUCCUGCCUGGGAGUUCGAUGGAGGGUGCUCAUUCAUUUCAUGCCCCUCUUGUGUAUGGUGCAGCCCACUCCAAGGAUCAGCUCAAAAGAAGAUCUCAGUGCAAGCUGGCCAGACGACUGCAGUGGCUCUCCCCAGCAUACACCAGCAGAGACCUUGGUCCCAGGAAUGGGAGAGUCCUCUGAAGACAGUUUUGGUGGCCAAAACAGGUGUGUCCAGGCUUCCUGCUCCAUGUCCUCACUUAGUGGGAUGACUGCAAUGACCAAGAGUAGGACUCUCCAGCUCUGCAUCUGCAGCCGGAGUCCUGCCAAGAAAGUGCAAGUUGGUAAGGCCUUGGAAGAAACACCAGCAUCAGAUCAUGAUGUCACCCCUAAACCAGAGAUCCGUGUUAAUCUCAUGCAGCCUGUGAGUGCAGAGAAGCUGGGCUUUCCGCCCUGUGUCCUGACAGCAACAGAAGAGGCUGUGGAACUAGAGAGCCCACCUGUCUUGGCUUCCUGGAAGAAGGUAUUCCUGACAGCCACUGCUCUACCCCCUGGACACAGAGCACACAUGUUUGAGCCUAAGAAAGCCCUCAAUGGUUCAAACACUUUGAAAACAACUAGUGGAACAAUGUCAAAAGUUAAUGGGAAAACAGUGGCUCACUCAGAUUGGGGUAUCCACGUUGGCUGCCUUCCUUUGGGAGCUGUCAACAUUCACAGCCUCUCAGAAUCCCAACCUGGUCUUCGAGAGCCCUGUCCUUGUACUGAUUGUCAUCAUGGAGCCGUCCCAAUACAUGAUCAUGCUGUGACUAUAGAGUCUGCCAUCCAUGGUUACCCAGAAACUGAUGUAUGGGCACCUAAAAACCUGGGGUUCCGACUUCACAUUGCUUCCAAAGCAGCUUGUUGUGUGGUGAUGGAUUUUGGGGAUAGUUCUGGAGUUCAAAUGAGGAUCCACAACAUGCCUGAGGAAAUGGCAGUUACCACGUAUCACUGGUACAGAAAAGAAGGGAUCUAUAUGCUCAAGACAGUUAUUUAUAAUGAGUGUUAUGGAACUGAAAUAGAACUUGGGCCCUAUUAUGUGAAAAUUGGCCAUGAGACCAUAUCUGUGUUCAUGAAUUCCAGCAGUGUCCAUGCAAAUGAAGUUCUUAUUUUUGCUGGCUCCACCCUGGAUGAGAAAUACAGUGUCAUUAUGCAUCAGUUUCCAUCCAUUUCUUCAUAUAACGUGUCCUUUGCUUCGCCAAUACAAAUGAAUGAUAGCCUGAGAUGGUACAGCGUGAUCGUUUGGUAUCAGAUGCAGCCCAUCUCUGUCUACACAAAUGGAACUGUAUUUGCCACAGAAACUGACAUCACUUUUGUAGCUGAGACCAAGGAAACAACUCUUCUGGAGUUCACUUGGUAUUUUGGAGAUGAAACACCUGUGAAGACAACUUCAAGAAACAUUAAGAAAAAACUCAGCAUCCCCCAGUGGUAUCAAGUGACAGUCAUGGCCUCCAAUGGUGUCAGCAGUGUGGUCUCUGAGCCCCACCACAUCAGAUUACAGAGACGAAUCAGGGCCAACCGCCUGGCAUCCAUCACAUCAGCACUUGUGAAUGCCAGUGUGAACUUCGAGUGCAGAAUUAAUGCUGGUACUGAUGUUUCUUACCUCUGGGACUUUGGAGAUGGGACUGUAGCCUUGGGGAAUAGCUCCGCCAGCCAUGCCUACAGCAGGGAAGGGGAAUUCACUGUGCAGGUUCUUGCCUUCAAUAAUGUCAGUGCCGCCUCCCUCAGAAAGCACCUGUUCAUCACACUCCAACCCUGCCAGCCACCCCCAAUAAAGAAUUUGGGACCCGGGAAGGUACAGGUCUGGCGGUCUCAGCCUGUGGAAUUAGGAGUGACGUUUGAAGCCACUGUUCUCUGUGACAUCUCUCAAGGCCUUUCUUACAGCUGGAGCCUUAGGAACUCCAUGGGGUGGCCGGUCCCCCUGGCCCCUGCCGUCAGCACGCACAGACAGAUUCUUGUCGUGCCCAGAUACUUUCUGGAGCCUGGCAACUACACUGCUUCCGCCAAGGUCCAAGUGGAAGGGAGUAUUGUGCAUAGCAACUACAGUGUAGAGGUGGAGGUGCGAGCCCGGGCUCCCGUCAGUGUGAUCUCUGGGGGAACACACCUCUUCAUCUCCAGGACCUCUGUUGUCAUCCUCAGGGGGACCCAGUCCUAUGACCCAGACUACCCUGAAGCCACUCUCCGGUAUUACUGGAAAUGUACCGCGACUAGCACUCAGAAGCACCCAUGUUUCACCACUUCCUCUCCACACAGCUUGAAUACCAGGACUUCUACCCUGACGUUCACAGCAAACUCUCUUAGUGACAGCUAUGAUCAGUUUAUAGUGUCACUAACAGUGUCCAGUGCUGGCCGGAACUCUUCAGAGACACGUGUGUUUCUGUCUACCCACUCUGAUUCUGCACUCAGAUUCGUCCACAUCUCCCAAGUUAACUUCAAAGACAUCUUUGUUAAUUGGAAUGAAGAACUUUCUUUUCAAGUCGAGUGUGAAGACUGCAGUGAAAUAACAAAUCUGUCUUAUUCCUGGGAUCUCUUUUUAGUCAAUGCAACAAAAAAGAAUAAUAUAGAAGUUCCCUUUUGUAGAACGGUGGGACUGCUGGAAUCUUUGAGAUUUGGGACUAUUUCCAAGAUAUUAGAGCUAACUCCACUUUCCGUGGAGCAACAGAGAACUGAUCCCUCUGAAAUGACUAUGCCAUACUUGAGGGAGCUGUCAAAGACCCCAGGCAAGUCCACUCUCACGGACCCAGAGAGACUCUCCACAGAACCUCUAGGCAGCAUGCAUCAGACCUCUGUAUCAAGCAGCACUGUAGCACCAAAUGGUUCCUCUUGGGACAAUGGUCCUCUGUCAUCUCAGCCCUCCUCCCGAGAGAGCUCCUCCCUUCACCUGCCUGAUUCUGAAGCCUUUUACAGUGAUAUUCAAGAAGCAAUUCCAUCCGAAGGAAGACGACCAGGAAUCAGCCUUCCUGAAUCGAGACCGAGUGUGAGUGCUGUUGAAGGUCAUGGUGGUGGGGAUAACCUUCUGGGUCCCAUCCCCACUCCCAGUCACGCAAAGUCCACACUCCUUGUGGACUGGCCCAAGUUUCUGCUCCCCCGGACCGUUUUCCAUGACUACACAUCUUCUGGAAUCAUGGAACAAGAUGUGAUAAUAAAGCCAUACUCACUGAGUCCUGGAGAGACAUAUGUCCUACAAGCCUCUGUGGUUUCAAAGCACCAUCUGCUGGGGAAGGCUCAGCUAUACCUGGCAGUUAACCAAGCUCCAAAAGAUGUGUCCUGCCAGGUGCAACCCUCCCAGGGCCUGGAGGCACAGACCAUCUUUAGUAUCUUCUGCAUGUCAGGAAAACCGGAUUUUUGUUAUGAAUUUAGUUAUCAAAUAGGAAAUACUUCUAAGCACAUCAUGUAUCAUGGCAGAGAUGCUCAGUAUUAUUUUGCUUUGCCUGCUGGAGAGCCCGCAAACAAUUAUAAAGUGCUGGUGUCCACUGUGAUCAUAGAUGGCCAAGGGUCGCAAGUACAGUGUGCCGUGGAAGUCACCGUGCUGCCAUAUUUCCAUGGCACUCAAUGCCCUGAAGAUUUGUAUAAUUCCAGCCUGAAAAAUCUAUCUACCCUCCAGUUAAUGGGAAAUUACUUAGAAAUCAGGAACUAUAUUGCUAUGAUCACCAGGAUCCUAAGUCGUUGGGCAAAGGAAGACAAAAUUUCAUCUUGUGGCCAGUGGUCACAGAUACAGGAUGCAUUCAUUUCUUCGGUAUGCAGAUUGGAAUUUACAAAACAGGAAGAAAUGAUUAAUUCUGUUCUUAUGUUAAGGGACCUCAUCCGAUUCCCUAAUAAAUUAAGUUUUAAGACUGCAGUUCACAUCCUCAAAUACAGCCGGAUGCUGCUCACACAAAACCAAUACUCAGCGAGGUUUGCGAUUGACAAAAGAUCUAUGAGUGAACUCAUCCUUCUUGUAACAGAAGUUUUGGAAGUAUCUAUGGAGGAAAAAUCAAGAAGGGUUAACUCUUUACGAGAAGAAGGAAAUAAGAUCAUCUCAGAUUUAUUGUUAGAUUGCCUCUGUUUGAACAAGGGAAGUGAUCUCUACAUAAGCACCAAGCAGGUGAAAUUCCAUGUGCUGCUUCAUCAUGAAUUUCAGAGCCCUUCGCAGAGCCUGGGUUCCAUCCAGGUGCAUGUACCUGCAGACAAGUCUACUCAUUGUCCUUCUGCAACAGAAAUGGAGAGUUCAUUCUUUAUCAGCCAGCUCAUGCUCUUCAAGAAGAAUCCAUAUCCAGAGGGACAAGAUCCUGGUCAGAUUGGUCAAGUCAUAUCCUUCUCCCAGUACAACUGCUCUAGCAGAAGGCCCAUUCACAGACAACGGUUGAGGAAUCCUUUGACCGUGGAAUUCAUGGAGGAAACUGACCUGGAAAAUAUGAGAAAUAAAACAACAUUUAUAUUGAUUCAGGAUAAAGUGAAUUUUCAUAAGCUCUUUGGGCUUUCUGAAAAUCCCCUGGAAUCUCUGCAGAUAAGAAUAGAAUUUUCUAAGCCCAUCACAAGUGUUUUUCCGGUCAUGUUGCUGGUAAGGUAUUUUGAAAAACCUACUCCUUCUGAUUUUCUCAUGAAACAGAUCUACCUCUGGGAUGCAAGCAUUGUGCAUAUUUAUCUCCCUGCUGUUUUACAAAAAGGUAACAACGUGGGGUAUUUAUCAUUAUUAGAUGCUGACUAUGAUAGAAAACUGCAACACAAAUAUUUUGCUAAGGCAGUGAAUUAUUCCAUACGUUUCCAUUGGAUACAGUGUGUGUUUUGGGAUUCAAGUCAGUGGAAAUCUGAAGAAUUCCCUCCACAACAAGGAACUUCUCCAGAUAAAGUGAACUGCAGCUACAGUCACCUGGCUGCAUUUGCUAUCUCAAGAAGAAAGGUAAAUGCCAGUUUUGAAGUGAGUGACAUUUCCAUAUUACAGAGACACCCAGAAAACCUUCUUCUCAGUAUGAUUAUUGUGGUUUUUAUAAUUCUUUAUGCUUUUCUGGUCAUUAAAAGUAAACAAGUAGAUCAUCAUGAAAAAAGGAAAUUGGGUUAUAUUUUUCUACAAGAAAAUUGUCCUCCUGACCACCAGCUGUAUGCCGUGGUCAUUGACACUGGUUUUCGGACCCCUGCCCGCUUUACUGCAAAGGUUUACAUUGUUUUAUAUGGAGAAAGUGGACUUUCUGAGCCAAAAGAACUCUACUGUCCAGAGACGCCCCUGUUUGAAAGCAAUUCCAGACAUACCUUUAUUCUGAGUGUUGCUCCAGUACUGGGGACGCUUCAGAAAAUUCGCCUGUGGCACAGCAGCUCUGGUUCUUCUCCUGCCUGGUUUGUAAGUCAUGUGAUGGUGAGAGAGCUGCGCACCGGGCAGUGCUGGUUCUUCCCUGCUGAGUGCUGGUUGUCAGUGAGCCAGUGGGAUGGCUGUGUGGAGCGCGAACUGGCCUGCCUGCGCUGGGGCCUUGGUUUCUGGAGGCUUUUCUAUUCCAAGUGCACAGAGUACCUGGAGGAUUACCAUGUCUGGGCAUCGGUGUACAGCCGGCCCUCCUGCAGCAGAUACCUCCACACCCCGAGGCUCACUGUUGCCUCGGCUUUACUGUGCACAUAUAUGUGUCUUUCCGCCCUGAUCAUCGCCGUGGGACACGAGCAGCUCUGGUUGAAUGCCGGCACCACUUCUGGUACUUGGGGCUACUUCCGGACGGGUUUCCUGUGCAGCCUCCUGAUUUCUCCUGGAGCACAGCUCUUGUCAUUGCUCUUCAGGCUCAGCAAGAAAAACCCAUCAGCUGAUCUUUCUGGCAGUGUUGGAGUCCAGAGGAGGGUGACCAGUCACAAUGACAUAAGCCAUCUGCCUCCUGAGCUGGAAACAUCUGAGGCUAACUCUGACCAGUGGGCCCUAAGAGAGAAGAGUGUUCAUAGUGCUCUUGGUUCACACAGUGAUACUGACCCCCAAGUUAGGCUUGAAGCACUCGCCACACCCUGUUGUCUGAGAAUGUCCUGGCUUCCACUGAGCUCUAUAGCAUGGACUGUUUGUGGCAUAGUGUCCCUGGUCUGUGGCGUGGCAACAGGAUUUCUGGGAUCUAGGUUUGGCCCAGCACAGUGUAUCCAGUGGUCGUGCCUGCUGACAGUGUCCAUAUUCUGCUGUGUCCUCCUCACCCAGCCACUCAUGAUUGGUCUCAUGGCAUUGAGUUUUGCUUGGAAAAGGAAAGAUGACAAACAUUUUUUCAUUGAGUCUUUGCAUGAUGCUACAAGGUAUCUGGAUUCUGAAUUAGUUGGGUCACCAAAGACUUGCACACCCUUGUCUUCCAAUUGCAGCGUUCCCAACUGUGCCAGCGAGGCUGAGCAGGUAUUGGCAGCAAGACACCGUGCUCGAUGUUUGCGCUGGGCACAUCCACCUUCCAUGGCGCACCUCAGAGUCACUAGGACUAGGAUGAGAAGAGAGAUGAGAGCACGUAAGGCACUGAGAGACAUUUAUAUGCACAUCAUCAUGCUGCUGCUGCUUUUAUUUAUAAUAUGUGGAACAUUCUCCCAAGAUGAGUAUUUUCUCAAUCAAGCUAUCAGGAAUGAAUUUACACGUGUGCGUCAUUCCAUUGGUGGUCUGAGAAGUAUGGAUGACUGGUGGCACUGGAGUCUGACCACACUGCUGGAUGGCCUGUACCAAGAAAACUCCUCUGCAGUUCACACACCAGGCCCUAGGCCCAUGGCUCUGGGAGGAAAGUGUUACCUAAUAGGCACUUUGGUCAUCAAACAGAUGAAAGUACCCCCUGGUAGUCUAUGCAAGCUUUCCAGUUCAUUUCCAAUGCCUCUCCAAGAUUCUUUCCCCACACUUAAUCCCAGAAUCAGAGACCCUGUGAUUCUCUCCAUGAUUGACCAAGAGAUCCAGAAUGUAGCUGGGAGCUACAGGGAUGACUGCGAGUUCAAUCUGGGCAGCACAAGGACUGCCACUCAAGAGACCCUGCUGGACCUCAGGGCCAGAAAAUGGACUGACCAUGGAACCAGGGCUGUGUCCAUAUAUUUCUCCCUCUAUAACCCACCAUCUCAACUCUUUUCAAGUGUAUCAUUGACUGCAGAGGUUCUUCCGACUGGGAGACUCACCCUCUCUGCUCUGGUGGAGUCUUUCACCAUCUUCCAUAGCAACUCAUCCCUGCAGUCCUACAGAACGCUUCUCGAGCUGCUUCUCCUGGUACUCAGCUUGAUUCAACUCUGCAUUGAACUUUAUGACAUGAUUGAGAAAGGUGUCUACAGCUAUUGGCAAAAACCAAGGAACUGGCUGGAGUUAUUUGUGGUUGGGGCCAGCCUUGUCUACCAUAUAACCUCAAGCCACUGCCUUACUCUCACUGGAGAAGUGAUGGACCAGUUACACAAAGGACUUUUUCAAGGAUUUGUGGACCUUAGUCAUAUGGCUUCAUGCAAUCAGAGAGCAAGAUGGCUCCAAGGAAUCGUUUCCUUUCUCCUGAUACUGAAAUUCCUUUGUUUACUUGGCAUUCGAGAGACAACGGCAUUCAUGCGCCUCUCACUCUCCUUUGUCGUUGCACCAGGGCUUGUGUGUGUCCUGAUGCUAGCUGCCUACUUCCACCUACAUGGAUUUCUGCUCUUCACCAAGGCUCUGACUUCUGGAACCUUCUCAGAAUCCCUCUAUGGUCAGCUGUUUCAUUUUCCAGGAAGAAGCCAAAGAGAUUCCUUCCUUGGAUCCUCCAUAUAUGAUCAACAUUCCAGGGCUUGGUGCUAUGGAAAAGGAGCUCUUUUCAUAUUAGUGAUACCCGUGUGGUUUGGAAUGUUGAGAGGUUCUCUUAUGACUCUUGCCCAAAACAGAAAAUAUUUUCAAAGAAAAUUUCUUGGGCUCCUUAAAGAUGUGACUGCCUACAUAUGGGGAAAGGUUCUCACCCUUAUAGGAAAGCCCAAAAUGGAAGAGAUGAAAGUGGCUGAAAAUCAAAAUUACUUCCUGGAUGAAUUUGAAGAUCUUUUAGAUGAACUUUUAUUGAAGAUUAAUGGUUUGUCUGAUUGUCUAGAAUUUCCUCUCUUAGAACAACAAUCUGAAUAUAUAUUGGAAGCCAGUGCAGAAGAUAUUCCCUUGAAAUGUGGCAACCACAAUGAAAUUAAGCAAAAAGGAGAAAACAUGCUGCCAGUUCAAGAGCACAAAGAUCUUCAAGUACUUGAUUUCUGA